UCCAGUUAAGACCGCUCUGGGUCAGCACAAAACGAAAUAAAAAGUGCAGCCAAUAGAGGACGCCAUUAACACUGUGGGUUUGCGAGCGUGUUCUCUGCUUUAAACUGUUGCUCGCCUAGGCGCAGUCAGUGGUGGGGCAGCUUCCCUUUGCGCAGUGUGAUUUCAGCGGAAAGUGACCCGUUUAGCAGAAAGUGACCCCACCACUGAGAAAUAACAAUGCACGUGAUCGCUCUGUAAAAAACAGAGCACAUUUCGAUACAAAUUUGUGCUUUGAGCAACGGACAUAAUCUAAUCAUGUCGAUUAAGUUACCUCUACAUCGUUGAACAAUUGCUAUAUGGACUUCUAACUUAACAAGAACCUUUCCUGGGAAAUAAAAUGGGCAAACUCCAAUCAAAACACGCUUGCAAACGUAGAGAAAACCCUGAAGGAGACAGUUUGGUCAUAAACGCCUCUCGUAGGGGGAUGGAAGACUGCGAGCGCUUCGGUGCUCCGGAGCAUAAAAUAAUAGAUGGGCAGGAAUUACCAGGUGCCGAACCGAGUGAUGGGCAGUUUCUAGACAAUCACAGUCCCCUGGAGGUGACAUUGCCCCCGGAGAGACUGGAAGGGGGGGGGAGCUUCAGGAAUGGGGAACGAGAUGCGUCAAAAGACCACGGCAAGAAGUGUGUCACUGUGGAGGACCUGGAAUGCGCCAUGUCUGUAGAGGAAGAUAACCGUCAGGAGUGGAUCUUCACCCUUUAUGACUUUGACAACAACGGCAAAGUGACCAAAGAGCAGGACAUGUCCAGUCUCAUGCACACCAUAUAUGACGUAGUGGAUGCCUCAGUGAAUCACUCAUCCAGCAGUAAGGGUAGGAGCCUGCGUGUGAAGCUGACCGUGGCCCCGGGGCCCAGCGAUCGCAGACGGGAGGCCCUCACUGGGGGAUCAGCCCCCUUAGAGAGACACCCAAGGUGCUGCCGACCCGAGCCUGAUCACCAGGAGGGGGGGCGCUGUGUGGACAGGAGGCUUUCGACGCACUUCAGGAGGCAAAACAAUGACGCUUCUCUGAGUGCUGAGAGAAACCAUUACUGUGUUGACGAGAACACAGAGAGAAGGAAUCAUUAUCUGGACCUGGCUGGGAUAGAAAAUUACACCUCAAGAUUUGAAAGUGGGGGCGCCCUUCUGCAGCCUCAUCAGGAAGCCCAAGCGCAGGGGGGAGCUGUGUGGCAAAGCCGGGCUCGCUCCCAGGAGUCCGAGGCCCACAUGGCCCACCAGCGCCGCUCGCAGGUCCUAGGGGAGAACUGCGCUUUUAUGGAAACGCGCGGGAGGGGAGCCCAGUUUGUGAGGUCACCUAAAGGCGCAUCGAGGGGUCAAAUCCCAGGAGGUGCGAUUGGAGGUAACAGAUCCGGAAGGCCGCUGACUGGCUCGCAGGCGGGGCUGGGUGCUCAGGACGUGUACCACCUCCCUGCCCAGACCCCUGCACCCCAAGCCCACGCCCAGCACAGCUCCAGCAGGCGGCUCCGGGUGAGAGCCAGGGAUGCUCUGUCCCCGUCCAGGGCCCCCAACCCCGCGUUUCAGCAGCAGCCGGCCCCCUCUGGCGUUCCCCCGGGCUUGGAGCGGGAACAUGCGCCCACCCUAGCCGGCAGCCCUGGGUUUGUGGUGCCCGUCGUCCAGCGUCAUGAGCACCACCAUCACCAUGAGCACCACCAUCACCACCAUCACCACCACUACCACCAAUCAUGAGUGAAGGGGGCGGGGCUUCGCAUGAGGCUAGUUAGCUGCUCCACAGAGAGCUACCAUCUUCUCAGAUAUCUCUCCCCACUUGUGCCUAUAGCCUGCAGCUGCUGACAAGAAAAGCAAGAAAAACAACUAUUAUCCCACAAAGGGCCAUUCAGGGUUUUCCUUAAGUUACAUAUUAUAGCCUCAGCCAGUCACAUGACCAGAUGGACAGGGGCGUGGCUAGAGGGCCCCCACCCCAACCCAAUUCAAUUAUGUUCCAAAUUUCAGAUGGCUUACCUGCACAGUCCUAUUUAUGUGGAUACUUCCCAUUAAAUAGCUAGAGCGAGUCCAGGGAGUUGAUGGCUGUCUUGGUGGAUGAGCUCCCAGUCCCGUGAAAGGUGCAUCUCUUUAAGCUUCGUUAAAAACGCGGUUUCCUACCCGCUGUCAACUCUGCUGUGGACUUAGGGCCUUUCCUCUACAUGUGUGUAUUUUUAAAUAUAUAAGGUAUUAUAAAUCACCACUGCCAUUUGAAUUUUAAUACCUUUCCUAUUCAUAUAGCUGUAAAAUUAUUAUAUUGUAUAUGCAUAUUUAUUGUUGCUUCUAUACACAUAUAUACUCUUUUAUAUAUUUUAAUAAAAACGUUAGUUUGAAUGGUAUAUGUGUCAUGGGUUCCCUGUAUCACAUUCCUCUGUGGCUUGAGUAUACGACUACAAUAGUAACAGACAAAAAGCAUUAAAGAAGGAUUUUACACUUGCAGUAUUUAUUUGUGUUGCAAAGUAAUUGAUUAUUAGACGUUGCCCUUUGCCAAUGUCUGGAAAUGCUUAUACUGUCAUUGGGGCUUUAAAAAGAUUGUUCUCCAAAGAAAACUGUAUCAAUUACGUGAUGGUAUUAAAUGUACUUUGCAUGUUUUAUAAAAUAAUACAGUGAUGCAUUUAUUUAAGGCUGAAGGGAUAUACAGACCUGGAAAAAAUUAAGAGACCAGAGCAAAAUGUUUAAUUUGCUGAUUUCCCAGC